UUCUCUUUAUUUCUGCCUCCAUUUUAGUCGUGAGAUGGACAGUAAAGAAACUCUCAAAGGGUUGCACAAGAUGGAUGAUCGCCCAGAAGAGCGAAUGAUCAGGGAGAAACUAAAGGCAACGUGUAUGCCGGCCUGGAAGCAUGAGUGGUUGGAAAGGAGAAACCGGAGAGGCCCAGUGGUGGUGAAGCCGAUCCCUAUUAAAGGAGAUGGAUCUGAAAUGAGUAACUUGGCAGCUGAGUCUCAAGGAGACAGCCAGGCAAGCACUGCUUCUUCAGCCCCCAAGGGCCGGCGCAGCCCGUCGCCUGGUAGCUCCCCGUCAGGUCGCACAGUGAAGUCAGAAUCUCCAGGAGUAAGGAGAAAGAGAGUUUCCCCUGUACCUUUUCAGAGUGGCAGAAUCACACCACCCCGGAGAGCCCCUUCACCAGAUGGCUUCUCACCAUACAGCCCUGAGGAAACAAACCGCCGUGUGAACAAAGUGAUGCGGGCACGGCUGUACUUACUGCAGCAGAUAGGACCCAACUCUUUCCUGAUUGGAGGAGAUAGCCCAGACAAUAAAUAUCGGGUGUUUAUCGGGCCACAGAACUGCAGCUGUGGCCGUGGAACAUUUUGUAUUCAUCUAUUAUUUGUUAUGCUUCGGGUGUUUCAACUAGAACCUUCAGACCCAAUGUUAUGGAGAAAAACUUUAAAGAACUUUGAGGUUGAGAGUUUGUUCCAGAAAUAUCACAGUAGGCGCAGCUCAAGAAUCAAAGCUCCAUCUCGUAACACCAUCCAGAAGUUUGUUUCACGCAUGUCAAAUCCUCAUACAUUGUCAUCAUCUAGUACUUCUACAUCUAGUUCAGAAAACAGCAUAAAAGAUGAAGAGGAACAAAUGUGUCCAAUAUGUUUACUGGGCAUGCUUGAUGAAGAAAGUCUUACAGUGUGUGAAGAUGGCUGCAGGAACAAGCUGCACCACCAUUGCAUGUCCAUCUGGGCAGAAGAAUGUAGAAGAAAUAGAGAACCUUUAAUAUGUCCUCUUUGUAGGUCUAAGUGGAGAUCCCAUGAUUUCUACAGCCACGAGUUGUCAAGCCCUGUAGAUUCCCCACCCUCCCUGCGAGCUGUACAACAGCAAACCACACAGCAGCAGCCUCUGGCUGGAUCACAGAGAAGGAAUCAAGAGACCAGCUUUAACCUUACUCAUUAUGGAACUCAGCAGAUCCCUCCUGCAUAUAAAGAUUUAGCUGAGCCAUGGAUUCAAGUGUUUGGAAUGGAACUCGUUGGCUGCUUAUUUUCUAGAAACUGGAAUGUAAGAGAGAUGGCCCUCAGGCGUCUUUCCCAUGAUGUUAGUGGGGCCCUGCUGUUGGCAAAUGGGGAGAGCACUGGAAAUUCUGGGGGCAGUGGUGUAAGCAGCCCAAGUGCUGGAGCCACCAGUGGGUCCUCCCAGAGCAGCAUCUCAGGAGACGUGGUAGAGGCAUGCUGCAGCGUCUUGUCAAUGGUCUGUGCUGACCCUGUCUACAAAGUGUACGUUGCUGCUUUAAAAACAAUGAGAGCCAUGCUGGUAUAUACUCCUUGCCACAGUUUAGCAGAAAGAAUCAAACUUCAGAGACUUCUCCGGCCAGUUGUAGACACCAUCCUAGUCAAGUGUGCAGAUGCCAAUAGCCGCACAAGUCAGCUGUCCAUAUCAACACUGCUGGAAUUAUGCAAAGGCCAAGCAGGAGAGUUGGCAGUUGGUAGAGAAAUACUUAAAGCUGGAUCCAUUGGUAUUGGUGGUGUUGAUUAUGUCUUAAAUUGUAUUCUUGGAAAUCAAAUUGAGUCAAACAACUGGCAAGAACUCUUGGGUCGCCUUUGUCUAAUGGAUAGACUAUUGUUGGAAUUUCCUGCUGAAUUUUAUCCUCAUAUUGUCAGUACUGAUGUUUCACAAGCUGAGCCUGUUGAAAUCAGGUAUAAAAAGCUGCUGUCCCUCUUGACAUUUGCUUUGCAGUCCAUUGAUAAUUCCCACUCAAUGGUUGGUAAACUCUCUCGAAGGAUAUAUUUGAGUUCUGCGAGAAUGGUGACUGCAGUACCCCAUGUGUUUUCAAAACUGUUAGAAAUGCUGAGUAUUUCCAGUUCUACUCACUUCACCAGGAUGCGUCGUCGUCUGAUGGCUAUUGCCGAUGAAGUGGAAAUUGCUGAGGCCAUACAGCUGGGCAUGGAAGACACUUUGGAUGGUCAACAAGACAGUUUUUGCAGGCAUCUGCCCAUAAUAGCUAUCCAGAAGCCACAGAGAAAAGUUCUGGAGCACACAGUCCAUUUAGACAAAACUGGAAAAGGAUUAUGUGCUACAAAAAUGAAUGACAGUUCAGAGGACAUUUCUGACAGAUUGGCCAGCAUUUCAAUAGGACUUCCUAGUUCAGCCACAACAGAACAACCAAAGCCAAUGGUUCAAACAAAAGGCAGACCCCACAGUCAGUGUUUGAACUCCUCUCUUUUAUCUCAUCAUUCCCAACAAACAUUUGCAGCCUUGCCAACCCCUUCUUCAUCUGCUCCAUCUGUAGCAGCUGGCUCUGUAACAGAUGUCUCCAAGCAUAGACCUCAGGGUUUCAUUCCCUGCAAAAUACCUUCUGCAUCUCCUCAAACACAGCGCAAGUUUUCCCUACAAUUCCAGAGAAACUGUUCUGAAAACAAAGACUCAGACAAACUUUCCCCUAUCUUCACUCAAUCAAGACCCUUGCCCUCCAGCAACAUACACAGGCCAAAGCCAUCUCGACCUACCCCAGGUAAUACAAGUAAACCGGGAGAUGCCUUAAAAAAUAGCAUGACACUUGAUCUGAACAGUACUUCCAAAUGUGAUGACAGCUUUGGCAGUAGCAGCAGCAGUAGUAAUGCAGUUAUACCCAGUGAUGAGACAGUGUUCACCCCAGUAGAGGAAAAAUGCAGAUUAGAUGUCAAUACAGAGCUCAACUCCAGUAUCGAGGACCUUCUUGAAGCAUCUAUGCCUUCAAGUGACACAACAGUCACUUUUAAGUCAGAAGUUGCUGUUCUCUCUCCUGAAAAGGCUGAAAAUGAUGAAACCUACAAAGAUGAUGUGAAUCAUAAUCAGAAGUGCAAAGAAAAGAUGGAAGCUGAAGAAGAAGAAGCUUUAGCAAUUGCCAUGGCAAUGUCAGCAUCUCAGGAUGCCCUCCCUGUAGUUCCUCAACUACAGGUUGAAAAUGGAGAAGACAUCAUCAUUAUUCAACAGGAUACACCAGAGACUCUACCAGGACAUACCAAAGCAAAACAACCUUAUAGAGAAGACACCGAAUGGCUGAAAGGCCAACAGAUAGGCCUUGGAGCAUUUUCUUCUUGUUAUCAAGCACAGGAUGUGGGAACCGGAACGUUAAUGGCUGUUAAACAGGUGACAUAUGUCAGAAACACAUCUUCUGAGCAAGAAGAAGUAGUGGAGGCAUUAAGAGAAGAGAUAAGAAUGAUGAGCCAUCUAAACCAUCCAAACAUCAUUAGGAUGUUGGGAGCCACAUGUGAGAAGAGCAAUUACAAUCUCUUCAUCGAAUGGAUGGCAGGAGGAUCUGUGGCUCAUCUGCUGAGUAAAUAUGGAGCCUUCAAGGAAUCAGUAGUUAUUAACUAUACUGAACAGUUACUACGUGGCCUUUCAUAUCUUCAUGAAAACCAGAUCAUUCACAGAGAUGUCAAAGGUGCCAAUUUGCUAAUUGACAGCACAGGUCAGAGGCUGAGAAUUGCAGAUUUUGGAGCUGCAGCCAGGUUGGCGUCAAAAGGAACUGGUGCAGGAGAGUUUCAGGGACAGUUAUUGGGAACAAUUGCAUUUAUGGCACCUGAGGUACUAAGAGGUCAGCAGUAUGGUAGGAGCUGUGAUGUAUGGAGUGUUGGCUGUGCUAUUAUAGAAAUGGCUUGUGCAAAACCACCUUGGAAUGCAGAAAAACACUCCAACCAUCUUGCUUUGAUAUUUAAGAUAGCUAGUGCAACUACUGCUCCAUCGAUCCCUUCACAUCUGUCUCCUGGUUUACGUGAUGUGGCUCUUCGUUGUUUAGAACUUCAACCUCAGGACAGACCGCCAUCAAGAGAGCUACUGAAGCAUCCAGUCUUCCGUACUACAUGGUAGCCAAUUAAAAAAAAAAAACUGUAAUAGAGACUGGAUGCUCAACAAUUAAAAAAAAAAACUUUUGUGGGGAACCACAUUGAUAAUCUGCUGGCCGUCAUACCACUGAACAGCUAUGAUAAGGCCAGUGGGGAACCCUUACCUAAGUAUGUGAUUGACAAAUCAUGAUCUGUACCUAAGCUCAGUAUGCAAAAGUCUACAACUUGUGCAGAAAAUGUAAACCGUGCCUUUCAAAGAACUGGCCCUAGGUAAAUAGGAAAGCAUUGAAGUUUGCAUGACUAAAUAACAGAAGCAUAAUAUUUUUGGAGCACUUUUUCAGCAAUAUUAGCAGCUGAGGGGCUCAGGAUCUGUUUUAAUGUUUCAAUUAUUCUAUUUCUUUUAGUGAUCACAAGUAGAGGGUUCUGUAAUUCCGUUCAGUUUUUUGGUCACUGGCUAUGAAAAUCAAUAUUUGCCUCUUUUAGGUCAGAGUAUGCUAUAAGUAGCAGUAAAUACAUAUAUUUUUUAAAGGUGAUGACUUCAUGACCCACCGUUGACCUUUAUUUUUUUAAUGUCUGGCAGUUGUGAUUCAUUGUGCAUUUUACUGUUGGCCCAUUCAUUUCGUUUUUGGAAAUUAUGGUUCUGUAUUUUCAUUACACCUCCAUUUUUGUUUAAUAUUCAGGGAAAGGUGAU